AUGAACAAAAAUGGAACAGCUAAAAUGAAUGAUAAUCAAAUAAGAGCCGAAGGUAGAAGGUUAUUUAAACGCUUCUAUAACAUUCCUGAUGGUGUUAAUCCUAAAACUCGUAGAAGUUAUUUAAAUGAAGCCAUAGAUGCAUAUGAAGGAUUUGACAUUUCAUCAGAAAGUGAGAGGUUAGCAAGAAUGUUAAACGUUAAUAUUGAUUUUUAUUAUUGUGACCCUCAACCAGAAGACGUAGACAUUAACAAGGUAGACUUUCCAUUAGUGGAAUCAAUAAUGAUAGAUCCAGAAUUUGAAACAGUAAAUAUUUUAUUAACACAGAGUCCAUGUGGAAAACUUCACGCUGACAGAAUUACAGACGUUGAAGCACUCACAGGAUAUAAAGUUUGCCCCUUUUGCAAAGAAGAAGUAUAUUCUAUCCGUGAUGAUCCAGAAAGGAAAAACCAAAGAAGAUUUUUAAAACAUUGUGAGAAAUGUAAAGAAAAUAAUGGAAGAUUAAUUCAAGACGUUCAAUUGCAAAACACACAACAACCAUAUGCACCACAUAUCACGAAACAGAAGAUAUAUCAGUGGCUAUUAGCACAUAAUUUGCAGGAAUAUUAUAAACCAACAAGAUAUUAUAUUACUUUUGACUUCGAAACAUUAGAGACUAAAGAAGAACUUCAACUUUCUGAAUGUGCAACUUUGAACGCUUACUUAAAACCAUUUAUGGUAUCAUCAACUGUCAAAAUAAAGCCGCAAAGCGGCGAGGUCGUAGACCGUGAUAAAACAUUUACGAGGAAUUUUUGCUUAACAUCAAGUGA